AUGUCGCUCGUGACCGGCGAUAAGACGAACUUCCAGUUCAUCUUGCGUCUGCUCAACACCAAUGUUGACGGCAAGCAGAAGAUCAUGUACGCGCUGACCCAGAUCAAGGGUGUCGGUCGCCGUUACUCCAACCUGGUCUGCAAGAAGGCCGAUGUCGACCUCACCAAGCGUGCUGGUGAGCUCACCACCGAAGAGCUCGAGCGCAUCGUGACCAUCCUCCAGACCCCUACUCAGUACAAGAUCCCCUCGUGGUUCCUCAACAGACAGCGCGAUAUCACCGAUGGCAAGGACACCCAGGUUGUCUCCAACGGUCUCGACUCCAAGCUCCGUGAGGAUCUUGAGCGUCUCAAGAAGAUCCGCUCCCACCGUGGUCUGCGUCACUACUGGGGCCUCCGUGUCCGUGGUCAACACACCAAGACCACUGGCCGCCGCGGUCGCACCGUCGGUGUCAGCAAGAAGAAGGGCUAA